UCGAUUCUCUCUCUCACUAGAAUGUCUGUUCCCUGAAGGCAGGGAUUUUUGUCUCUGUGUGUUCACCCCAGUGCCAAAGAGUGUGCAAGGCACCCAGUAAGCACUCCGUGAACCAUUACCCAGUGGAUCCCCCAGAUCAGCUACGCCUCCACAGCCCCCGACCUGAGUGACAACAGCCGCUACGACUUCUUCUCCCGAGUGGUGCCCUCGGACACGUACCAGGCCCAGGCCAUGGUGGACAUCGUUCGUGCCCUCAAGUGGAACUACGUGUCCACGCUGGCCUCGGAGGGCAGCUACGGCGAGAGCGGCGUGGAGGCCUUCAUCCAGAAGUCCCGGGAGGAUGGGGGCGUGUGCAUUGCUCAGUCGGUGAAGAUACCACGGGAGCCCAAGCCUGGGGAAUUUGACAAGAUCAUCCGGCGCCUCCUGGAGACCUCAAAUGCCAGGGCGGUCGUCAUCUUUGCCAAUGAGGAUGACAUCAGGCAUGUGCUGGAGGCAGCACGGAAGGCUAACCAGACAGGCCACUUCUUCUGGAUGGGCUCGGACAGCUGGGGCUCCAAGAGCGCACCUGUGCUACACCUGGAGGAGGUGGCGGAGGGCGCUGUCACCAUCCUCCCCAAGAGGAUGUCUGUGCGAGGCUUCGACCGCUACUUCUCCAGCCGCACGCUGGACAACAACCGGCGCAACAUCUGGUUUGCCGAGUUCUGGGAGGACAACUUCCAUUGCAAGCUCAGCCGCCACGCGCUCAAGAAGGGCAGCCACGUCAAGAAGUGCACCAACCGAGAGCGCAUUGGGCAGGACUCGGCAUAUGAGCAGGAGGGGAAGGUGCAGUUUGUGAUUGAUGCUGUGUAUGCCAUGGGCCACGCGCUGCACGCCAUGCACCGUGACCUGUGUCCGGGCCGCGUGGGGCUCUGCCCACGCAUGGAUCCCGUGGACGGCACCCAGCUGCUCAAGUACAUCCGCAACGUCAACUUCUCAGGCAUCGCCGGGAACCCCGUGACCUUCAAUGAGAAUGGAGAUGCCCCCGGGCGCUACGACAUUUACCAGUAUCAGUUGCGCAAUGGCUCAGCUGAGUACAAGGUCAUCGGCUCCUGGACCGACCACCUACACCUCAGAAUAGAGCGGAUGCAGUGGCCGGGGAGUGGGCAGCAGCUGCCCCGCUCCAUCUGCAGCCUGCCCUGCCAGCCGGGCGAGCGAAAGAAGACCGUGAAGGGCAUGCCCUGCUGCUGGCACUGUGAGCCCUGCACGGGGUACCAGUACCAGGUGGAUCGCUACACCUGUAAGACCUGUCCGUAUGACAUGCGGCCCACAGAGAACCGCACGGGCUGCCGACCCAUCCCCAUCAUCAAGCUCGAGUGGGACUCGCCCUGGGCCGUGCUGCCCCUUUUCCUGGCCGUGGUGGGCAUCGCUGCCACGCUCUUUGUGGUGGUCACCUUCGUGCGCUACAACGACACGCCCAUCGUCAAGGCCUCGGGCCGCGAGCUGAGCUACGUGCUGCUGGCUGGCAUCUUCCUGUGCUACGCCACCACCUUCCUCAUGAUUGCCGAGCCUGACCUGGGGACCUGCUCUCUGCGCCGAAUCUUCCUGGGGCUGGGCAUGAGCAUCAGCUACGCGGCCCUGCUCACCAAGACCAACCGCAUCUACCGCAUCUUCGAGCAGGGCAAGCGGUCGGUCAGCGCCCCGCGCUUCAUCAGCCCGGCCUCGCAGCUGGCCAUCACCUUCAGCCUCAUCUCGCUGCAGCUGCUUGGCAUCUGCGUGUGGUUUGUGGUGGACCCCUCCCACUCGGUGGUGGACUUCCAGGACCAGCGGACGCUCGACCCCCGCUUCGCCAGGGGCGUGCUCAAGUGCGACAUCUCGGACCUGUCGCUCAUCUGCCUGCUGGGCUACAGCAUGCUGCUCAUGGUCACGUGCACCGUGUACGCCAUCAAGACACGCGGUGUCCCGGAGACCUUCAACGAGGCCAAGCCCAUUGGCUUCACCAUGUACACCACCUGCAUCGUCUGGCUCGCCUUCAUCCCCAUCUUCUUUGGCACCUCGCAGUCGGCAGACAAGCUGUACAUCCAGACAACGACGCUGACCGUCUCGGUGAGUCUGAGCGCCUCGGUGUCCCUGGGGAUGCUCUACAUGCCCAAGGUCUACAUCAUCCUCUUCCACCCGGAGCAGAAUGUGCCCAAGCGCAAGCGCAGCCUCAAAGCCGUCGUCACCGCCGCCACCAUGUCCAACAAGUUCACGCAGAAGGGCAGCUUCCGGCCCAAUGGUGAGGCCAAGUCUGAGCUCUGCGAGAACCUGGAGACCCCAGCACUGGCCACCAAACAGACCUACGUCACCUACACCAACCAUGCAAUCUAGCUAGGCCGCCAGAGCCGAACAAGAGGAGGAUUCAAGACCCUUGUGGCUGAUGCGUCGGGCCAGGGCCACUCCCAGGGGCCCAGCUGAUGUCUUGCCUGCCCGUGGGCGCCCACGGACGUGGCUUGGUGCUGAGGACAGCAGAGCCCCCGGCGGUCACUGCUGGGCAGCCUGGGCAAGCCGGGCAGGUGACAGGAGGAGGACAAGGGGCUGGGGAAGCUUCAGGCCACCCCAAGAGCCUGCAUCUUGGACCAUGGCCCCUCCUGGCCCCAAAUCACAGGGGCCCAGGCUGUGUGGGCCCCAGUGUGGGUUUUCUCUCUCUCCCUUCGUCUCUGCCUGUCCCACUGGUGACCGUCCGAGUCCGUCUCCAUCCCUGUCUUUAUUUUAUCACUGCCUUUUCUCUCUGUGUCUUCACCUGUGUGCUCUACUCUUCUUUCUUUCUGCCUCUGCCUCCUCUCCCUGAUGCAUUCUCUGUCUCCAGGUCUCUCCAGUUUUUUCUCUUGUGCUCCACCCAGGUCUCGUGCAUUUUUCUUCCCUGUCCUCGCCCCCUCCUCACCUUCAUCGCAUCCUGCCUUUGCUCUCUCCCCGUCACCACCUCCCAAUUCACCAAACCGUACGUGUCGCAAAAGAGAAAAAGCUCAAAAAAAAUUCCAAACACAAAAAAGCCAAAACAAAAACGAAUCUCGCGUGUGUUGCAAAGUGCCGCGUCCUCCUGGUGGCCUCUGUGUGUGUCCCUGUGGCCCGCAGCCUGCCCGCCUGCCCCCUCCCGUCUGCUGUGUGUCCUGCCCGCCUGCCCGCCUGCCCGUCCUGCUGAUGACACGGAGUUCAGUGCCUGGGUGUUUGGUGAUGGUUAUUG